AGUAAUUACAUAUGGACACUGGAGCUGUGCGUUACGUGAAGGAGAAAAGGACCAGUUUCAAACAACACUUUAGGACUCACAAAAAUGAGAGAGCCUAUAGAUGUGAGGAGUGUAAUCGAGGGUUCGGUAAUUUUGGCCAUCUUAAGACACACAUGAGGACCCAUACUGGGGAAAGGCCUUAUCAAUGUGAAGAAUGUGGCAUUCAGUUUAGUACUCUGUCAAAUUUAAGGACACACGUGCGGAAUCACACAGGUGAAAAACCAUUUCGUUGCGAGGAGUGCAACCGACGUUUCAGUACCCUAAGUGUUCUUAAGAUACACAUAAGAACCCACACCGCUGAAAAACCGUACAUCUGUGAUGAAUGCGACAGGUCAUUUUGCCAGCUCGUUCAUUUGAAGGAUCACAUUAGGAUUCACACCGGUGAAAAACCCUACAUGUGUAAAUAUUGCAGCAGGACGUUCAGGCAUCGUAGUGCUCUACAGACACAUAUAAGUACACACACUGGUGAGAAACCAUACACAUGUGAACAUUGCUCUGGAGCAUUCAGUCAAUCAACUCAUCUUAAAACUCAUAUGCGGACUCACAACGGGGAAAAACCAUUCAUGUGUGACGUUUGCAUCAAACAGUUUACUACGCGGUCUAAUCUGAAGAGGCAUAUGCGUAUUCACCAACCUGACAGACCAUUAAUAAAAACGCAGUGUUCGCUUAGAAUCCCCCAAAAGAACCAUUAGGAACACAUACUCGCGACGGUGCAUGUCAUC